AUGAGAACACCAAUUAGUUUGAUCGAUUUAUUUGUUGUUUUGGCAUCAUCUGUUGUCAUUGGAUUUCAUAUCUCUGGUCGUAUCGAUUCAGCUAAUCCAGUCAUGGCCGCGUCACCUGCACUUCGAAUAAUUCGAUUUUUUCAAAUUCUACGUAUGUUACAUGUUGAUCGCAAAGCACAUUCGUGGAAAUUACUUCUUAAUGUGGCAUAUUUACAUCGAAUUGAAUUGAUAACAACUAUGUACAUGGGUUUUAUUGUUCUUAUUGUUACGUCCUAUCUAGUCUAUCUAGCAGAACGAGAUUUUAUCAAAGAAGGAGUUAAACCAUUUGAAUCCUAUGCUGAUGCACUUUGGUUCGGUAUUGUCACUGUUGCCACGAUUGGAUAUGGAGAUCGUGUUCCUCAUACGUGGCCUGGGAGAAUUGUUACUGCUUGUUUAUCAAUGGUUGGCAUUGCAUUCUUCAGUUUACCAGCUGGCAUUCUAGGGUCUGGUUUUGCUUUACAUGUUCAGCAAAAAGAAAAGCAAAAAAUGUUUCAUAAGCAGUAUCCAGCUGCAGCAGAAUUGAUACAAACCGCAUGGCGUAUGCAUGCGACCAGUCGUCUACAUCAGGAUAAUGCUACAUGGCGUCUCUACAAACUUGUCGAUCCAACAUUUGCAGAAAAAAUGUUAUCAAGGUCACGGGAUAGUUCCAUACUUCGACGUCGACCCGUCGCUCAGUAUUCUGGCGAUGCACAUUCAUCUUUAGAGAAUUCACCGUUAACGUAUCAAGCAGGAAGUCACCAAUUGCCCGAAAAAUUCAAGCAAGCAAUUCGAGUCAUGCGCCGAAUGAAAUUCUUUGUUGCACGUCGAAAAUUUCAAGAAGCGAGAAAGCCAAGUGACAUGACCGAACUUGUCAAACAAACAGCUGAAGAUAAUCAAGCACUAAUGAUCAAAUUGAAAGAUAUUCAACGAAAGCUUGAUUCAACACUUGGUUCUGCUCCAUUAUCUCGAGAUAAUACAAUAUCAUCGCGUGCACAUUCAUCACAUUCUUUGUCACGAUAUCGAUCGAAUCGUUCGUCAACAAAUUCUCGUCCUGGUCAAAAAACAAUUCUCGAACAUUUGCAAUUAUUUAAUGAACGUUUAACAGUAGUUGAACAGCAAAUGCAAUCAAUAAGCAAUGUCUUACAACGUAUUGAUGAUCGAAUGAAUCAAUCAAAUAUGACUUGA